AUGUCUUCUGAUAGAGAAGCGACUCCGGAUUACAGAAAAGCCGAUCAGCAAGCCCCGCUUGUUCUUCCCAAAGUCCGCGGGUCAAGUUCAAAAGUUCAGUCGAGUCCUUACAAACCAAACAUUGCACAAGCUACACCUCGAAUGCUGCGGACUGCUAGUAAUUCUAGUGCAUUUAUGGACAAGCAAAUUCAUCAUACUGAGUCACAUACACCUAAUUCAUCAGGUAAUAGUAGGAAUCCUGAAUAUGUUGCGAAGUCUCAUCCAGUUCCUUCCUUUCAAUCGCCGCGAAGGCGUGUCAGAAGUGCAUUUAGCCCAAGAGCUAUACAUCCAAUGGACGAGGUACAAAGAAAGCAAACACUUAGUGCUGGUCAGGAUAAGUUUCAAAAGCCAAUUCGAGAAUUUUUAGAAUCUCCAACAAAAGCAGGUCCUUUUCCGGCUUCCCCGAUACAAAUCACAUCCAAGGAAAAGGGCAAUAUUUUCAAUAGGGAAGCCCCAAAAUAUAAUAACGCUAUGAUGAAUUAUGAAGGAAAUAGAGAGGGGUAUACGAACAAUAUAAAUAAUGGCAAAAUGAAUCAUGGACAGCAUCCUAUAGUAUCAUCGCCUAUCAGGCAUCAGCAAUUUCACAGGAAGUCUAUAGGGGAUUGGGAUUUUUGUAAAACCAUAGGCGCUGGAUCCAUGGGUAAGGUGAAAUUGGCUAAACAUAGAAUAACUGGUGAGAUUUGUGCUGUUAAAGUUGUUCCGAGGGCAUCGAAAAUAUGGCAAAGACAGCACGCUAAUGAUCCUCCGGCAAGGGAUCAAAAAGAACUGUCAAAAAGAGGAAAGGAGUAUGAAAAAGAAUUGGCAAGAGACAAGAGGACAAUAAGGGAGGGGGCUUUGGGAAGAAUAAUGUACCAUCCAUAUAUCUGUAGGAUGUAUGAGAUGUUUCCCAUGACUAAUCAUUAUUACAUGCUGUUUGAAUAUGUAUCUGGAGGUCAGAUGUUAGACUACAUUGUUUCUCACGGAUCAUUGAAGGAAAAGCAGGCGAGAAAGUUUUGCCGAGGAAUUGCUUCUGCGUUGGAUUAUUGCCACUCCAACAAUAUUGUGCAUAGGGAUUUAAAAAUUGAAAAUAUUAUGAUUUCAAAGACUGGUGACAUCAAAAUUAUUGACUUCGGUUUAUCUAACUUAUUCGAUCGCGAACAUCUUCUUCGAACUUAUUGCGGAUCAUUAUACUUUGCGGCUCCGGAACUUCUUUCUGCACAUCCGUAUAUUGGACCAGAAGUUGAUGUCUGGUCAUUUGGUGUUGUCCUGUAUGUAUUGGUAUGCGGAAAAGUUCCGUUUGAUGAUCAAAGUGUUUCUGCUUUGCAUGAAAAAAUUAAAAAGGGAAAUGUGCAAUACCCCCAAACUUUGUCGUACGAUUGUGUUUCACUUCUCUCACGAAUGUUGGUUGUUAAUCCUAAAAAUAGAGCUUCCUUACGUGAAGUCAUGAGUCACCCAUGGAUGACUAAGGGAUACAACGGACCGCCUUCCUCAUAUAUGCCCCAUAGAAUUCCCCUUCAGCCACCUUUAGACCCUAAGGUUAUCGAAACAAUUGUCCAGUAUGAACUUGCAAGUUCCGAACAGCAAGUUUAUCAUGAUUUGAUUGAUAUAAUAUCGUCAGAUUUCUAUCAGAAAGCAGUUCGUAACUGGUAUCUUCGUCGUUCCGGUGAUGUUCGUUAUGAUCCAUCUAUUCGCGAUCCAACCAGUAGUUUUCAUCCUCUUGUUUCUAUUUACUUUUUAGUUAACGAGAUGCUUCAAAGGAAGCAGAUGAAGCAAGGCUCUCAGGAUGUUAAUGCAAGACUAAAGGCCGCAGCUCUUGAAAAAGAAGAAGACUUAAACAUGCAAACUUCCGAUAGUGGUGUUGUACAAUCUUUGGCGGCCGGUGCAAAUCAGCCUGUUCUUCCAUUUCCUGAGGCAACAUACAGAACUCAAAGGAAAGGAAGCAUUGCUGUUGGUAACAUUCAGUCUACAAAUAGUGGUCAGGGUGCCGCAAAUGGAAAUUCAUUGUUUAGAAGACUUAGUACUAAGUUGCAGGGAGGAAAACGGAGAUACAGUACAAAGGAGUCGCAUGACGGCCCUGAACUUUUGAGAGAGUACACAACAAAUUCUCAGCAACGAUACGAACAACGGCCGCCAGAAAAGUUGUCCGUUCCAUUUCAUCGUGUUGGAUCUGUCAAAGUUACUAAUAAGGAGAAACAGCAGUUGGCUUUAGAGCAUCUUCCACCUCUACCACAAAGUGCACGUCUUCAAGUUCGCCAACAUCAAAGGACCGUUUCCGCAUAUACGUCUGGAGAAAGUCAGAGAAGGGAGCAAAAACAAAUAAGUGCAGGGAUUCCCAUCAACACCAAUGGUGAAGAAGACCAAGAUGGUAGGAAUUCCAAAAGCAUGUCCACAGGAAUCCGCAAGCAGCAGCAGCCAGUACAUACCCAAUUGGAAUCGCAGUGGGGUAGUGUCCCACGUCGGUAUCAUCCAACAGCACGUGGUAAAUCUCUUGGUCACGGACGCAAACGUUCAUUUAAUAUUCCAAAAGGCGGUCAAUAUGAGCCGGAUCCAAAUGCACCACCAUUGCCUCAGUUACAGGUUACGACAGGAGAUGAUGGCUUUUUUGAUGAGGUUGAUAUGGAGGAAGGAAAAUGGAGAAGUCGGCGGGAGGAUAAUAAUGGAGGCAAUUUCAAAAAGCCUAAAGUCCUUACAGAAAGGCAAAUUAUACAGCAGUAUGAAAAUGCUUCUCCGGGAACAAUGCCGUCUAUCGAAUACCCAAAGACAUUAUUUUUGAAAGGGUUCUUUUCUGUUCAAACUACUUCCACAAAGCCUCUACCGGUUAUAAGGUAUGACAUUAUUACAGUCUUGCCUGAAAUGGGUGUCAAAUACACGGAAGUUAAGGGAGGCUUUGUUUGUAUCUAUUAUACUCGAAAGCAAGAGGAUGAUAACUCUGCCGACACGGUAAGUAAUCAUCGGAAUGAAGAGGAUGCUGGUCUACGUACUCCAACUUCAAAGUUACUUUCUCCUCCUUCUUCGCCUUCUCCUUCGCUUGGGUCCGAUGAAAAGAAAGAGGCAACUGUUGUGGAUCUAGAAAUGUGCUCUCCUGGAGAUAGUGAGUUAAGUAGUCCUAAUGAUGAUGGAAAAAUAUCACACGAGUUUUCACCACAUGCUGCUGGAUCCGGGUCUACUUCCGGAAGUUCUUCGUUGCAUUCACACAGAAGAAAAUUUUCUCUUGGAAAUGCAUUUAUAAGAAGAAAAGAACCUCAGAAAAUUUCGCCUAAUGUCUUUGGUAAUACCAUGUCAUCAUUAGUCAAAUCGCAUUCGAGGCAUGUCAGUAUACUUUCAUCCUCGCCCACAUCGCCAAAAACAGGUAAUCAUGCGGAACUUCUUAUUCCAAAGACACCAGCACCCGCAAAUGUUGAUCGGAGAUGUUCCAGAAGCUCGGCAGAGAGCUCAGAAUCUCUUAACUCAGGAAAUAAUGGAGCUUCGGACAUGCUAAUUUCGAGCAGAAUCGAAGAGGCUAAUCAGAAGAAGGAGUCUACCCAUAUUAAUACAGCACGAGCACCUGUGAAAUUUGAAAUUCAUGUUGUAAAGGUUCCAUUGAUCGGUUUAUACGGAGUUCAGUUCAAGAAAGUUAGUGGUAAUACCUGGGUGUAUAAGUCACUGGCAAGUGAGAUUCUAAAAAGGUUGAAUCUUUAA